AUGAAGGAAGAAGGAGCCACCAACACAGCCACAAUGAAGGAAGAAGGAGCCAUAAACACAGCCACAAUGAAGGAAGAAGGAGCCACCAACACAGCCACAAUGAAGGAAGAAGGAGCCAUAAACACAGCCACAAUGAAGGAAGGAGGAGCCACCAACACAGCCACAAUGAAGGAAGAAGGAGCCAUAAACAUAGCCACAAUGAAGGAAGGAGGAGCCAUAAACACAGCCACAAUGAAGGAAGGAGGAGCCACCAACACAGCCACAAUGAAGGAAGAAGGAGCCAUAAACACAGCCACAAUGAAGGAAGAAGGAGCCAUAAACACAGCCACAGUGAAGGAAGGAGGAGCCAUAAACACAGCCACAAUGAAGGAAGGAGGAGCCAUAAACACAGCCACAGUGAAGGAAGGAGGAGCCACCAACAGCCACAGUGAAGGAAGGAGGAGCCACCAACACAGCCACAAUGAAGGAAGGAGGAGCCACCAACACAGCCACAAUGAAGGAAGGAGGAGCCACCAACACAGCCACAGUGAAGGAAGGAGCAGCCACCAACACAGCCACAGUGAAGGAAGAAGGAGCCACCAACACAGCCACAGCGAAGGAAGGAGCAGCCACCAACACAGCCACAGCCACCACACAGCCACGAAGGAAGGAGGAGCCACCAACACAGCCACAGUGAAGGAAGGAGCAGCCACCAACACAGCCACAGUGAAGGAAGGAGCAGCCACCAACACAGCCACAGUGAAGGAAGGAGGAGCCACCAACACAGCCACAGUGAAGGAAGAAGGAGCCACCAACACAGCCACAGUGAAGGAAGGAGCAGCCACCAACACAGCCACAGUGAAGGAAGGAGGAGCCACCAACACAGCCACAGUGAAGGAAGGAGGAGCCACCAACACAGCCACAGUGAAGGAAGGAGCAGCCACCAACACAGCCACAGUGAAGGAAGGAGGAGCCACCAACACAGCCACAGUGAAGGAAGGAGCAGCCACCAACACAGCCACAGUGAAGGAAGGAGCAGCCACCAACACAGCCACAGUGAAGGAAGGAGGAGCCACCAACACAGCCACAGUGAAGGAAGGAGGAGCCACCAACACAGCCACAGUGAAGGAAGGAGGAACCAUAACCACACACAAACGGGCUAAUAUCAGACGUCCAUGA